AUGCAAAAGACUGGUAUAAGGCUGUCGGUGUUUACUCUUUUGGUCUAUAUGGCCGUGUGUCUGCUAGGACACAUGUCAGCAUGCGCUGCAGCUGAGACAGAAUGGACGCAGGAGUCAUACUCUAAGAAGCUGGAUCUUGGCGGUGCUGUGAGUGUCGUAGAGCUGGACAUUAAGGCCACACCUGCUGAGAUCGGACCGGAGGGUAGUGCCACGUACCUUUUCUAUCUCUCCCGUCAGGAGCAUGACGGCCUCUCCAUGCUGACGGCAUCAUUGGAGCAAAACAGCACUCAUUCACAAUUGGAGGUGAUGCCGUUAGGACCUCUGGGUGAUCAGCAAGACACAUAUCAAUACGCUAUGAAUAUUCCAAUGAAGGAGAAGAGCGACGUCUCUCUCAGUAUCAAGGGCGUGUUUUUGCACCAAGCGUCGCCUUUGCCUAAAGAACUUAAACAAGGCGAUCUGCAACUCCUUACUUGGGACGGUGAUGCUCAGCCCCGUACACCUUAUGUGACAGCAUCGGCCACAGUGUUCAUUAACUCACCUGACCCUAUUCUCACAUUCAAGGCGCCAGUGACUUCGUCGCAGCUGGGAAACGCAGUGCAAUUUGGCCCAUUCACUGAUCUGCAGCCCUAUACGGCAGACUCGGAGCCUGUGCCCCAAGGCCACGUUCAUUUUGCGUACAGCAAACCUCUGGUGUCUUACAAGAAGUACCAACGCCAUGUGGAAAUAAGUCACUGGGGUGACAACAUGGCCACACACGAUUAUAUUUGGCUCCAAAAUGUCGGUCCAAGGCUCAAAGGCUGUUUUAGCCGCUCCCAAAACAUGAUCAACAUGCACAUGAAUCCUCUGCUGGAGAAGACGUCACAAAUUCAGUCGAUUCCGCUGAGUCUACCGGGGAGUGCAGAGGGUGUGUACUAUGUGGAUGCGACUGGCAAUGUCUCAACGUCGAACCUCAAGGCAUCGCCCAAGGUAGCUGGGACACCUCGCCGCUUAGAUAUUCGGCCCCGCUACCCUGUCCUUGGUGGAUGGAAUUACACGUUUACGGUGGGAUGGAACGAGAGAAUGAGUAAAAGCGGUAUUGCACGUUUCAACCCAGCCAAGCCUUGGCGCACCCGCAUUGCCGUCCCAUUCUUGAUAUCUCCCAAGACGGCCUCAAUUGAAAACGCAACACUAACUAUUUCGUUACCUGAAGGUGCCCAGGACAUCAAAGUCUCUCUGCCAUUCAAGGUCGAUAAUGUGCACACAAGCCGAUAUCCUUCGUAUUUGGAUACCGUUGGCCGUCCGACGAUUAGCAUCACGCGGGCUAAGUGCUCCUUCAUGAAUGCCAUGCCAGUAUUUGUGGAAUAUACACUGCCGAUCACGACAUAUCUGCGCAAGCCUUUCUGUGUGACGCUGGCCGUCCUGCUUGUAUUUGCGGCGUCGGCUUUUGUUAGUCGCCAAAUCAAUGCGAUACCUCAGUCCGCGAAGUAA